AUGGCCGUCGCCGCCCGCCCACUCGUCUCCGUCCAGCCACUCAAAUCCGACAUGGCCACCGACGGACACCGGAUCGAGACUGUUCUAGAGCUGCUGUUGGUGAUUAGUGAUACCGUUGAAGGUGUUGAGAAGACGAAGAGUGCGAUCAACGUGUUGAAGCAUAUUGGAGCUUAUUCUGAUGCUGAAAAAGCUAAGGACUCUUCUAGAAGUCGUCCUGGAAAGGGGAAGAUGGGGAACAGGAGGUAUAUUAACCGAAAAGGACCGUUGAUUGUGUGCGGAACUGAAGGUGCUAAGUCAGUUAAGGCUUUUAGGAACAAUCCUAGAGUUGAGAUUUGCAACGUUGAGAGGUUGAAUUUGCUGAAAUUGGCUCCUGGAGGUCAUCUUGGAAGGUUUGUGAUCUGGACGAAAUCGGCGUUUGAGAAGUUGGAUUCGAUUUAUGGAUCGUUUGAAAAUAAGAGUGAGAAGAAGAAGGGUUAUGUGUUGCCCAGGGCUAAGAUGGUGAAUGCUGAUUUGGCUAGGAUUAUUAAUUCAGAUGAGGUACAGUCGGUUGUGAGUCCGAUUAAGAUGGAGGUGAAGAGGGCUCCGAUGAAGAAUAAUCCUUUGAAGAAUUUGAACAUUAUAUAUAAUUAA